CGAACACGGUGUUUGAGUUUCUUGGGAAAGUACGGAAGAAGUGGUUUGACAGGUGCAUCGAAUGCUAUUUUUGUUACGUGUAAAUGUUGAAUAAAAAAAAUAAGAAUCGUCCUUUGAGCGCGCGGUGUGGCUUGGUCGUCGGUCGCCUAAAGAGGAGAGCUCUCUCUGAUUGUGUUGAACACCUAUUCAGCUGCCAUGUCGCGGCACAGGAGACAGGCCAGCAUUGAACUCCUGGAGCUGAUGGGAGUGGUGAAGGAAAACGGGAACCAUUUUGAUAGUCCUGAGACAUCACCACUACUUCCCUCAGUGCAUACUCCACUGUCAUACGACUAUGUCCUGGUCGCUAAGACAGUGGAUGAUCCGGAGAAAGAUACCUUCAAGAUGCAAGAGGCCUUUAUCGAGAAACUAAAGAUGAAGAACUUGAAGAUAACAAAAAUUAUAGACGACACUGUUGUCUUCUACGGUAUCCAAGCUCCAAAUGAAGUGUUUGAGAAGUACAGGUAUCUACUGAAGGUGUCUGAUGCCUGCAACUGGAGUGAACAACAGGGAAGUGUCCCUCUUUCCACCAGGAUCCGCAUUGUUCACUUUAUCCUGAGUCAUGUCUUCCUGAAUACAGGAGAGAACCUGUUUGAACUCUUGAAGAAGAAAGUGUUUGAAGCAAAGUUCUGCCUGCAUGAGAGAAAAACUCAGAAGGAACUGAGGAAAAGUUGGGCCAGAUGGACUGCCUGUUUCCGGGGACAACCAAUCAAUGAUGUCAGGAACUACUUUGGAGAGAAGGUGGCCCUAUAUUACCUCUGGCUGGGCUGGUACACGCUUCUGUUGCUCCCUGCAGCUCUGCUAGGGGUCAUUGUCUUCCUCUACGCGCUGGCUUUCUACAAGACCUCGCCACUUAUAAAGGAGGUGUGUGAGUCGAACACGAUCAUGUGUCCUCUGUGUGACAAGAGAUGCAAAGUGUGGCUACUCAGCGAUACCUGCCUUUACGCCAAGGUCAGCAUCCUAUUUGACAACGAGGGGACGGUUAUGUUUGCUAUGUUCAUGGCAGUAUGGACCACCUUGUUCCUGGAGUUCUGGAAACGACACAGAGCCUCCUAUACAUGUAAAUGGAAGGUGUUCGACUGGUGUGAGGAGGAGGAGGAGCUGAUCCUGGACAUAGUGAACAAUGCAGAAUGUGCGCCUAAGGAACACAAGCACUCCUACCUACGCAGCACCCUGGUCCUCAUCCUGGUCACUCUUAUACUGCUGCUGAUCAUCGGCCUGGCCCAUGCCCUGGUGGUGUUCCGGGUGGUUGCCACGGUGAUGUUGGCUGAAGGAUCAUGGGAGUUCCUGAGUGACCACUCCAACACGGCCGCUGUGAUACUAGGAGCAGUGCUACACUACUUCACCAUCACCAUCAUGACACGGGUCAACAGGAUUGUGUCGCUGAAACUCUGCGAUAUAGAGGAGAAUCAGUCGUUUGCUGCCUCUGAGAGAAGCUUCACCGUCAAGAUGUUUACCUUCCAGUUCUUCACCCUCUUCUCCUCUCUCUUCUACGUUGCCUUCUUCCUGGGCAGGAUAAAUGGACACCCCGGUGGCUACGUGCGGAUAGCAGGGAAGUGGAGGCUGGAGGAGUGCCACCCCAGUGGCUGCCUCACAGACCUUUUCAUCCAGAUGGCCAUCAUUAUGGUUCUGAAACAAACCAUCAGCAACGUCUUUGAGUUCGGGGGCCCCUGGUUCAACAGGUGGCUAAAGGGGCGGAGGACUAAGAAGCUACAGAGGAAGUGUCCCCACUGUUACAAGAAGGCAGACCAACAGACCAAUCGGUGGGAAGAGCUGUGUGAGAUCUGCAAGCUCAGUGAUUGGCUAAGAAACUACCGUCUCAACGACGUGAACUCUUUCAGCCUCUUCAAUGAGUUCCUGGAGAUGGUCCUCCAGUUCAGUUUCACCACCAUCUUUGUGGCUGCCUUCCCCUUGGCUCCCCUGCUGGCCUUAAUCAACAACAUCAUAGAGAUACGGCUCGACGCCAUCAAGAUGGUCAGUUUGGAGCGCAGGAUGGUACCCAAGAAGACCAACGACAUCGGCGUAUGGACAGAUGUGUUGGAGGCUAUCGGGGUGUUGGCAGUCAUCGCCAACGGCCUGGUUAUUGGGAUAUCUUCAGAUUUCAUCCCCCGCCUUGUAUACCGCUACAAUUAUGGACCGUGUGCCAAUGGAACGGUCACGGAUACGGAUUGCAUGGCCGGCUACAUCAACAACAGCCUGUCCACAGUGUACAUGAACGACCAGAGAAUCUAUAAUGAGUUCUCACCGGACCAGAUGGUGACGCCUAGCGGACAGAAUGUCUCCUACUGCAGUUAUAAAGAUUAUAGAAGUAAUGAAGACUACAGCUUGACUCCUCAGUUCUGGCUCAUUUUAGCCGUGCGCUUUGCUUUUGUCAUCCUCUUUGAGCACGUGGUGGUCAUAUGUAAAUUCAUCACAGCCUGGUUUGUUCCCAGCGUUCCCUUGGAUGUCAAGAAUCAAAGGCUCUUUGAUAAACUCAACAGGUUGAAGGAAGAGCUCAGCUCAUCGGAGGUAUGACAACAUCGCCACAGUGUUUGGAGAAUUCUAAUGUUGACAUAGUGAUGUCUGAAAAAACACAUUGGACACAGUAUCCGCUCAGAUGUGACUGAUUAUCGGCACUGUUGGAGGACAUGUUCGUGUGUGGA